AUGCCAGUAUACAUAAUCCCCCGCCAACAAGACCCACGUAGCCGCCACGCCGCACCCAUGGCCCCCAUGCCAUACCGCAGAAACCUGGCAGACUUCCCUGCCCUACCAUACGCAGAGCCCUACCUUGACACAUUCGAUAUAUGGACUCCAAGUGAACCACCCACGUGGAAAAGUGGCAAUUGGAUAGACGGCGAACCCCUUUCGUCCCAAGCCUUAGUACCUCAACAAGAAGAGAAGAAGGUCUUCACCCCCACACCAACCUUUCACUCCUUCCUCCUCCUUCCGCCCGAACUCCGCCUCCUCAUCUGGGCCCACACCCUCGAUUCCCCCCGUAGAAUCUACGUGCAAGGCUGCUCGCCACAGGCCCCCAACCAGUUUGCCUACACCUUCCUUCCCGCCGCAGCCUUCGCCUCCAAGCGCACAAUGGAGGAAGCCGUGACCGUGUUGCUGGAGAACAACGCGUUCGCCGUGAACCGGAUAUCAGCAAACGAGGAACUGCGUGCUUUUCUCUCCGAAUCGCCGGGCCGCUUCGCGCUGCUGAGACACUUGUAUUUUGGCUUCUUCGAUUGCUUUCCCCAGGGUCUGGCGGUGAAUCGCGAUGUUGAGCUUGCAGUGGCGUGUCCUGGGUUGAGGACGCUUACGGUGGUUUUUCACGUGAAGCAUUUGACUGAUUUGGUGAUUGAGGAUGGUGUGGCGGCGCGGAAGGCGCGUGGGGCAGAGGAGCUGUGGGAGCGGUAUUUGCUGCAGCCGUUGGUUGAGUGUGGGAGACUGGAGAGGAUUGUGGUGGAGCUUUUGGGGUACUAUAAUGAGGAGGCUGUUGAGGCGGUGAAGGGGUUGCGGGAGAAGUUGGUGAAGGCGUUUAGUGAAAAGGGGGGCCGGGUAGUCGAGGUAGAAUAUGGUUGGAGAUGA